CUUAGUAACGAAGCUCUGAGAAAACUGCAACUCAGGAGCAGUUCAGAGUCUGCAGAUGGAUUUGACUAAGAAGCACACAGAUUACUUUGAAGGUGUAUGGAUCUUUGGUUAGACCACACUCUGAGCUGAACUUUGCAGUUCCCCACUAGCAGCUUUGCAGGCAGAUAGGAGUGCAAAAACAAUCUCUGGAUGACCUACUGGCCACCCUCUCACCCAUUCCUGGCCUGACUGCAAAUUUAUGGAGGAUAGGCUCAUCUGGAAAAGGAGUUAAUUGGUACUCAACAUGAGCACUUUUCCCAAAUGGUUCAAUUCAGCGGAAAGCCCUUUGGCUAGUGUUGAAACUGAGUUCAUUAAGAAUCUCCAGCAACAGAUCUAUUAUCUAGAACUUGAAGCCAACUUUCUUCGCACUCAAACAAAAAAGUCUACCACCCUCCAACCAAAGGUAGAAUUGGAAGCAAAGCGAAUGUUACAGAAGCUACAGGAGAUGCGUUCUCAAGUUGAUGGUCUACACUUAGAACUGAAAAGAAAAGAAGCCAAUUUAAACAUGUUGCAGACUCAAAAAGAGAAACUCAGCAAUGAAUUUAAUCUCUCAGAAGAUUCUUAUUUGAAGGAAAAGCAUUCUCUUGUGGAAGAAAUACUACAGAUGAAGAAAAUGAAGGAGAUCACAGACAUGGCCCUCUCUCACAAAGAAAUGGAGUUGCUGCAAAGCAAACAGGAACUGGAAAGACAAGUCACGAAACUAAAGAACAAUCAGCAUAAAGUUACAGUUAUAAAGCAACAGAUUGAACAGAGAUCAGAGCAAGAGAAGAUGAUUGGGACACAACUAGGAGAAAAGAGUCUAGAGCUAUUAAAAGUGCAGUCAGCUCUCCAGGAGAUGGAGGAAAAAUACUAUUCAAAGACAGCCACAAUGCAGGCUAAAAUUACACGUGAUUUCAGAGAUGAGAUCCGUCAUCUUUACCAACAACUCCGUGAGAAAGAGGUGAUGAGAGAGCAGGACCGCUUCCUCAGGAGUAAAAUAGCAGAUGACUGUGCUGCGAUGACCAAGGAAAAUGCUGUGCUACAUUCACAGACUCUGGAGCUUAAUAAACAAUUGGAAAGGGAGAGAAUGCUGAAAGAGGAGACAGAUAUUUGUCGUUCUUCCAGUGUCGUUCAACUGAUCACUGUAAAAGGCCAAGAGGAGCAACUGCGGUAUGAAGUCAAACGACAUAAGGAACUCCUAGAAAUGGAGAAAAUAAAAUUUAAGGAAUUAAUGGAAAAGAUUCUACUUCUUGAGCAAGGGAAGACUUCAAUUGAACUGAAUGAAGCCACUGUGCGCAGUCGUAUAGCUGAGAUAAAGAGCCGAUUUUCAUGUGAUGAAGAAGAAAACCUGCAGCUCCAAAGGGACAAAGCACUACUAGUUGACCUUAUUACUGAUUUACAGAAGCAGCUUUCAAGUAAGGAGGAAGAACUUUCUCAAAUCUACUCAGAAAUACAAUUGUUUGAACAGGACAUUUCUACUUUGAAGUCCCAGAAUGCAAUGGAUCAGUCCUUCGGCUCUGAAAAAUGGCAGCAACUUGCUAAAUCGACCAGCUCUGUGAUGGAAUUAACUGGACCAAUGAGGAGAAGCAUUAAAACAAAGACUUACUAAUGGUUGGGUCAAUUACAUUCUGACUUACAGUGAAUGUCGAUGAAAUAAAUAACAAAAAACCUGUGUCUCUUAAAAAUGUCAUUGAAAACUCAUUUCUAGGGUAUAGGUUUGCUCACUGAGCUGUAGGUUUGAUAUCCAGACGUUUCAUUACCUGGCAAGGUAACAUCAUCAG